AUGCCUGCCGAACCCGUCUCCCAGCCAGGCAGAAUUGCAAGGAACAGACAACAGACAUCGGUUGCCAGACGGAAGAGGGAUCGCUAUACAACUCACGCAUGUAAUCGAUGCAAAGCGGCCAAAGUUCGCUGCGAUGGCCGACUCCCAUGUGCCUACUGCGCCGCUCGUGAUCCCACCACUUGUCACUAUAGUGCGCAGCGUUUGCCCAGUUUUCUAGCAGAAGAGCGGCAGCAAGACCGCUUUCAGGCAUCGGUGUUGACGUUACUUGAGCAGCAGAGCGAGAAGCUGGACCUCUUGACCGGGCAAACAGCCAUGCUGGCCGCCGCACACAAGCUGCCGGUGCUACCACUUUUCAACGGGGGUACUUUCGAAUCCGAUACUAAACAGGCCUUGCCGCUAUUUCUGAGUCCCACCAGCUCGCUCUUCUGCGUCAAUGUAAUCGAUGCACGUGUGAGAAAGCUUGAGCAUCCGGCCUCGGAAGUGCCAACGUUACGAAUUGCGACUGCUCCGUCGCCAACUCCAUCCUCUGAUCCUUCUGAUGUUUCGGAAUCAUCGCCACAGAUGCAUCCACCGCCACAAAGCCCGUAUUCGAGCUCAACACGUCCGCUAGAAGAACUAGACCGCAACCAUAUUAUGCAAAUUGUGGAAUCCUAUGGCUACCUGGAAGGAGUCAUGUAUCCCAUUGUUGAUACCGCCGAAAUCAUGCAGACGGCAAAGUGUUUCCUAGAUGCCAGGGCCCGCGACUCCAAUCGGACGGGAGUUGGUUUUCACCUGUCUGAACUCGGCCGGAAUGAUUUGGCCAUCCUAAAGCUGGUGGUGGCAAUUGGGCUUCUGACGGAGGGUGAUAUGCACAAUACAAUGACAUUGAGACUGUUUCAAAGUGUCCAGCCCGAUGUGGAAUCGUUGGUCUGGGGUGCUGCUGUGGACCUGAAAGACUUGGUCCUGAUGACAUUAGUGAGCCUCUACUCUCUGCAUCGCGGGACAUGGCGUUGGGGCUGGCGAUUCCUGGGAAAUGUUACUCGGACGAUUCUGGAGUUGGGCCUAAAUAGGGAGAUUGUACUGGCCCGCUCCUUCCCCAAUCCAUCAACCCGUAUCAGGGCAAUAAAUACCAUCUGGACGGUUUACGUUCUCGAACGCCAACUCAGCUAUGGACUGGGGGUUACAAAUGCCGUUCAAGAUCUACGUCUUGAGGCCACAUUUCCUCAACCCGUUGGGGCGCCGUUCUUGAAAGCAAUGAUAGAGUAUGCACGCAUAGGCAAGCAAGCCACCGAUGACCUCCUGGGUGACAGAGAUCCCGGCCACCAGCAGCUAAAUAAUUGGCAAGACAACUAUGCGUUCUUCCAAUAUCAACUUGAACGGUGGACACAAUACACAUCCAGUGGCUUCGCACCCACCAGCAUCAGCAAUAAAGUCGGCACAGGUCUCCAAUUCGUCCGAACAAUUCUCUCUCUACGAGCUAACCAUCUUCGGAUUCUCGUGGCGCGGGCUUUUCUCUGCACAGGUCUCCGUACCGCCGCGCCAUUGGACAUAUGGACGACAUCCGUAGACGUAGCCGCCGACACAGUCCAAACAUUGGCCAAUCUGGACCACUUUACCAAGGAAUACCGCUUCCACCAAGCCCAAUUCAACCAUUUUCUCGUCUCGGCUUUGGACAUCUUGCUUUUUGCCACCACAUGCGAAUCGUCGAAACAUGGAAAUCCCUUAGCCAAUGGGAAGGAAAUCAUCGUUACCGAUGCAAUUGGCCUCAAAGCUCGGCAGAGUUCCAUGGUAGCAUUGAAUCUCCUUCGUAAUCUGGCUGGGACUACCCAUCACUCUAAGUAUCUAUGGGAGCGAAUGCGAGAAGUUGCGGCUCGUCUCAAUCUCAGCAACUAUUUGUUCUCUUCGACGUCAGGCACAGGUUCUGCCGCAAGUGCCAAAGCAGGCUCCGAAAUUCACCCACAAGCCACAACGGGCGGACUAAUCAAUCCAACAAAUCCUGACGAUGUUGGUAUAACGAUGAGUCAAUCGAAGCAUUCCAGCAUCGGCCAACAUGAUAUCAACGGCGAAAGACCGAUGCUUUAUAUUCCAACAGAUGACGUGGCUGCCUGGGAUUUUGGCGGGCCUUUGUCACUCUCGGAAUUCGAGCUUCCACCAGAUACCAGCUCCCUUCUCGAUACCCGAUGGUUUCCCUAG